CCCCGGAGACAGCCUGCGACUGCUUCACCUCUAUCCCCGACCCCCACCCCACCCCAUGGCUCCCUUUCCCACCCUUGGUAGGGAUCAUGGCUGGUUGAUGGAGAGACUGUCCUGCAGGAAGGAAGACAACCCGCCCCAAGUGUCUUGCAAUGUUUUUUCCUAUAUGAACUAUCCGUUUUGGGUGGAGGUGCUGGAGAAAAAGCCACAGCAUUUUGGGGUUCCCAUACUGGACCCGAGCUGAAUGUUGAGCAUUGGAGGUAUCUCCAGCUUGAAAAAUAUAGGAAUAUUUUGUGUUGUUUGCAAAGUUACUGGCAAGAAAGGUCAUCAAACAGGCCAAAAGUCACUUAACAACUGCCUUAAUUGGCAACAUAAAUGUUGGCCUCAAAUAUUGGUCCUAUAUCGAGUCCUAUAUGUACUUCCUUUUUGAAAAGAAAUUGUGUGUGUUGGGUGUGUAUGUAUUUAAGAGCACUGUCUUCUCUGUCUUCCCUUAAAUGUUUUUUGGGCAAGAAUAUCCUAUCAACAUCUACAAAAGCAGCUCUCUUUUUUCUCAUUUUUCUUUCCUUCUGUUCCUUUCUCUUAGCUUGAAAACUGAAAGCAUUUUCCCCCUCUCUGGGAGGAUUCUUAUUAUUUGAGCAUCAAAGUUCCACAUCUCCUGAAAUGGCUCAUUUUGGUGGCUCUUCUUACCAUUCUGCUCCUCUGACCAAAAGUCCUUUUGCAAAUCCAGGACAGACUUUGGAUGGGUGUGACCCAGCUUCUUUGUACACCCCAAAAUCCGGCUCACGAGACCCAGAAGGAAAUGGAUCCCGUGUUGCCUUGCUUAGGUCUACUGAGAAGUUCUGGAGAAGAACGAAGGAGGACAAUGUCCUGGAAGGAGAUACCACCAGAUGGGCUGGAGAACAUCAACUUUGCCGGGCGUUCUUCUAUGAAGAAACCGAGGAACCUCGAGAACUUUGCACUCGUUUACACCGUCUUUCUCGUCAAUGGCUGAAGCCAGAGAAACACACGAAAGCUCAGAUGUUGGACUUGGUGGUCCUGGAGCAGUUCCUGGCCGUCCUGCCCCCAAAGAUGGAGAGCUGGGUACGAGAGUGUGGAGCAGAGACGAGCUCCCAGGCGGUGGCCCUGGCAGAAGGUUUCCUCCUGAGCCAGGCGGAGGAGAAAAAGCAGGGAGAGAUGCAGGUUCAGGAUCCCUUCAUAGAAGUGGGUGUUCAAAACCUCCAAGCACAUAGAGACAUGUCAUCUCUCUCUCAAGAACUGGCCUUCGGAGGGAUCUCCCAAGAGGAUCCAGCUCAGGUCACAUCCGAAAUGAAUGGAGCAACCCUGAGGUUUCCUGCAGAAAUGUCUUUGCUUUGUGGUGGAACUGAAACUGCUGUUGUCAUUCCAGUUCAGGUUCAGGAUCCCUUCAUGGAAGUGGAUGCUCAAGACCCCCGAGAACACAAAGACAUGUCAUCUCUCACUCAAGAACUGGCCUUUGGGGGGAUCUCCCAAGAAGAUCCAGCUCAGAUCACGUCAGAAGGAAAAGGAGCAAUCCUGAGGUUUCCUGCAGAAGCAUCUUUGUUUUGUGGUGAUUCUGAAACUGCUGCUGUCAUUCCAACUCAGAAUCAUAUGUUAUUUGAAGAUAUAGCCAUAUUUUUUUCUGAAGAGGAGUGGGCUCUGCUGAAUCCUGACCAGAAAUUGCUGUACAGGGAGAUCACAUUGGAAAAUGCAAGGAAUGUGACCUCCAUAG